AUGUCGAAGUUCGUGGAGUUUUUGGAGCCGGAUGUCUCGUCGCCAUCGGCGUACAACUUCAUCGGUGGUUACGACGAUGGCGACUCCCCGCCAGUCGCCUCCAAGCUACACCGCCACUCCGUCCCGUCUGCCUACCACGAUGCUGUCUCUACCCCUACCGGCAAGAAGAGAUCCCAGUGCGUCAACCUGUACGACCACUACCUGGAGAGGACACCGAAUGAAAUGAACUAUCCACGCCUCCUGCAGACCUUUCCCCGAUCACACAGGCAGGAGCACAAGCCCAACCCCCGGCCCCGUGACGUCUUCGAGAGGCUGACUGACCAUCGGUUCUUCACUGGUAUACACCGCGAGCGCUUCGAUGAGAACGGCAACGGCCGUGGGCUCGCCGGCCGCGAGGACGUGUUCCUGUACGACGGCAACACGGAGUCGGCCUCCCGGGUGCAUGAGGUGUACUCCACCGUCAUGCGACCGCCGCACGAGCGCGUGCUACCUAGAGGAACCCUGGGCGUUCAGAAGUACGGUGUACAAAUCGCCACGCCGAAGCUGAUGUGGCUGUAUCGCAACGGGGAUAAGUUCCACGACGGCACCGCGUUCUACGUCCGUCCGUUCAUCAAGAACAUGGACGUGCUGCUCUUUAACAUGGGGAAGGAGCUCACGCUGAUUGCUGGGCCCAUAAGGCGGCUGUACGACCAGAAUCUGCGGCAGGUGACGUCAGUGGAUGAGAUCGUCGACGGCGCCAAGUACCUCUGCACUUCAGGCGAGCCGCCUGCACCCGCGCACAGGCUCAGAAAGUUCAUGAGCGAAUGGGUGGUGCAGCGUCUGGGUCAUUGA